GGCGCACGCGCACUAGCGGUCCCGCCGGACGCGCCUUUGGUCGGUGGGUGUCUUUGCUGCCCUGUCUCCCGCAGCCCUGGGGCGGGCAGGACUUUGUUUAGUAAAGCAUGAGGUCCCUCUCCAUGCUGUCGUUUGGAGGACAGCUGUGUAUAUGACAGUGUUUCCAUUUGCCUGUACCAUUUUGAGGUCAUUCUACUGGAGUUUUAUCUGCUGGAAAAUCAACCUUUUCUCCAAAUUUCAAUUUUACAGGCGAAGUUUGUGUGAGAUGGAUGAUUUUCGAGGUAUAGCAGAAGAGUCAUUUCCAAGCUUUUUAACAAAUUCACUGCUUGGUAAUAGUGGGAUUUUGGAAAAUGUCACUCUUUCUUCAAAUCUCGGCUUGCCUGUUGCUGUUUCCACACUUGCUCGGGAUAGAACCAGCACUGAUAACAGGUAUCCUGAUAUCCAGGCAUCCUACUUAGUAGACGGGAGGUUUUCUGUUCCAUCUUCAUCAUCUCCCAGUUGCCAGAGUGAUGCUGCACCAAGAGAGAGGUUACAUCUUAGCUUCCAGGAUGAUGAUUCUAUCUCCAGGAAAAAGAACUACAUGGAAAGUCCACAUUUGUCCAAUGCUCUCAUGAAACAGUCAGCUUUUCACAGUGGUAUGCCAAGAGCAGAAGAGGAAGAGGCCAGAGUUUUAGCUUCCUCUCAGGAUCUUCUGGACAGGGUUUCACCAUUGGAGCAAGAACAAGACUCAUCUGUUGAUUUUUGUUUACGAUCAUGGAUGAUGAAUAAUCAGGAAGACAAGAUUGUUGUGCCUGAUGCUGGAAAGCAGUUUGAAUACAAGACUCCAAACAGUGACUUCAGCCAUACCAUCUUACUAGAAAACGAGAAGCUUAUGUCACUGACAAGCUUGGAAGAUUCUUCUGAUGAUGACAUUAAUGAUGAAGAGUUUUACGAUGAUCAUUUGGAGGCUUACUUUGAACAGCUGGCAAUUCCGGGAAUGAUAUAUGAAGAUUUAGGAGGACAGGACUCUCCAGAAAAGGAUUUUAAGUUACCUUCAAGUGAUCCUAGUCAGGCAAAUGAAAACAGUAGCUUCAACUCCAAGUGUCAGUCUGGAAAUAACAGCUCUCCAAUUUCCUGUGGCUCACGCUCUUCAGGAAGUUCUGAAACCACUCAUGGAGAGUCCAAGGAAGGUCAUGUUGUCUGCUUACCUGGAACCAGUGACUGUGGAGAUACUGGAGAUAGCAGAAGAUAUGUAGAUGGUUUGUUACUGUUUUCCUCUAGUUCUUGGAAAAGUGAGAAGGAAAGGGCAGAAAGUUUCAAGGGUAUGGUUCCAGAUCAUAGCAGAGAAAGUGCAAGGGAGGAUGUUCUGGUGAAGACUGUCAGCACUAUCCCUGUUUGUUUUCCUGACACGGAUGCUGGUAACAGUGGUUCUGAUCUGACUGACUCUGUGGCACAGCGGACAGAGGCUCCUCAUCAAGAUAAGCAGGAGGCAUCAGAUUCAGAAGCAGGGUUGCACACGGAUGGAUGCUCAGACACAGAGACUGCUACUGUGUCUGUUCAGACAGAUGUUUGCAUAGCCUCUUUGAAGCCCAUGAGUGACAACGGAAUUAGUUCCACUGAUAUUCUUUGGUCACCAACUUGUGACAGGAGAACCUGUGAAUGUUACGAGUCAGUUGAAAAGAAUGAAGAACAACCGGAUCUCCUACAGAGUGUGAUCUAUCAAAAUGAGGAGGGCAGGUGGGUCACUGACCUUGCCUAUUACACAUCUUUUAAUAACGAACAGGAUGUAAACAUUGCUCUAACUGAUGAGAUGAAUGAAGACUUCAGAUCUGGCGCUGAAGCCUUGAAUUUGAUUGCGCAAGAUGAGGAAGAAUUUAAUAAAGAGCAUCAAUUUAUACAGGAAGAGAACAUAGAUGCUCAGAAUAUAUCAGCUGCACUGGCGGACACAUCCUGGGCUGCUACAGUUAGUCUUAAUCUGUUGAGGAAAUCACUUAGCACCUCAGAUCUGGGCAGAGAUGAUGCCAGCUAUAUACGUCUGUCAUUAGGAGAGUUCUUUGCUCAGAGAUCUGAAGCUCUGGGUUGCCUUGGUGGUGGAAAUAGUGUGAAAAGACCGUCAUUUGGUUAUUUUAUUAGCUCCCCGGAGAAGAGAGAGCCUGUUGCUUUAAUAAGGCAAUCCGAUGUGGCAAGAAGGGAUCUGGAGAAAGGAGUGGCUCAUCCUAACCCCAGUCUUUCUUCAGGAGAUUUAGAUGAACAGUCCCAGACACAGCCAAGUGAAGGAUCAGUUACCCUUCAGGUUGAAGCACUGGAGGGCAUUUCUCUAGUGGAUGAACAUGAUGUGACAUUAACGACCAACAAAGGAAAAACAGAGGACACAUGCCAGAAAAAUAAACUCCCAAUAUGCAAAGACAAGCUACAUGAUAGUGGUGAUUCUAUACUCAGGAUAAGCACCAUUGCUUCAGCCAUCGCAGAUGCUUCGGUUAGUACGGAUCCUUCCCAGCUUGUUGCCAUGAUGAAAGCACUUAAAAAUAAAGCAAAGGACAAAACUUUGCAAGAAGAUGACGAAGAGGACUGUUCCACGGUGUCUCAUUUUGUACCUAACGAUUCAGAAAAAAGUAAUGGAUCCAGUGCAUUUGAUAUGGAGAAAUAUCUAACAAAAACAGAAAUUAGUAGACAUGAAGGUGGAUUGGAAAAUGUUUCAAGAGCUGGCAUGUCUGAUAUUUGGGAUUUGUCAUUGCCAAAAGAACAGACUAUUCAAGACAUCCAUACAGUUGAUUCAUGUACUACUAAUAUAAGUGUAAGGGAACCAAAAGAAAAUCCAGCAGCUCUGUUUUAUGUUGAAAAUGGUGAGAGUCAGGAAUCGUCUACAGCAGUAAACUCUUCAAAUUCAGUUCUUACAAACAGAAGAGAGAAGGAGAGUGCAGUAGUUGAUAUGAAGCCAUGUUCCACUGGCCACAAAUUAUCAGACAUUGGUAGCAAUGAGAAAGCUGCCCCGGUUUCCACUUCAACAUCUCAUAGUUAUUCAUCAGGAAGGAGCCCCAGAGUGACACCUCUGUGCUUCUUAGAAGAAUGUGAAGAAAUGCAAGCUAGUAGGGAAAAUCAGAGGCCACGAGAGAAUGUCAGCGAAACAAGCAGCAGUGACAGACAUGUGACUUUUGAAAAGCAUUGCAGAGUCUCAUCUACAAAUGUGGAUUGCAGACAUGCCUCUGCCGAGCACGGCGGACCAGGCUCAGAGGACCAGGAGAGCCUCAGACCCUCCACAUCACCACUCAGUCAUUCUUCUCCCAGUGAAAUUUCUGGAACCAGUUUAUCAGGGUGUGCUUUGGAGUCUCUUGACUCCACAGCUUGUCACCAGAAGUCCCCUUCUGAGAGCGAGCUGUCUCGGUUGGUGUGUUCCCAUACUGAUAUGAGCAGGCUGACUUACGUCUCUGAACAGAGCACCUGUCCUCCCACGACUGCCGACAGUGGCCGAGAGGACUGCAAGAGUGAUAUCACCAGUGAGUUGAGCGCCACGAUUAUUCAGGCAAGCCCAGCUUCAUCAGAGGAACGUGCUAUGGAAAAUCUGCAAGAAAAGGUUCCAUUUCAGAAUAGAGGAAAAGGAGCUUUAUCAUCUCUUACUCAGAACAAGGCUGAUUUGAAAAGUGUGACUGAAAGUUCUUCUCUGAGUAGCAGACUUGAGGAUGGAGAAUCAAGUCAAGAUCCUUCCUUCAAAACUGGAGAGCCAUCAGAAACCAAGGAGGUGCAUUUGACAUCAAACCCCAGUGAGCUGGAUGCAGUCAGUCUGGCUCUCCUGAGCAAGCCAGGUCUGAGCCGUCAGGCUCGGUCGGCCUCACCACAGCCCACUGUGCUGUGCCCGAAGCCCAUGGAAGGAGGUCAGAGAGUAAUUUCUAAAGACACAUCAAGCACCAGCAGUGAGUUCGGUGGCCAGAUUCCUAAUGGGAUCACCUCUGGAAGCCUGCGUGGCCCUGUCUGCCGAGUCACGGCUCACAGCUCUGGUGCUGAGGGGCAGAAUGUGCCUGCUGUGCACCCCACACUCUGGACGGCACACUCUCUCAGCACAGCUCCCUUGACCCAGCAGUAUGUGGGUGCCCUCUCUUCAACAGGAAAUGUCACCUUGCCUCAGUGCCACGCCGGCAGCACCUCCGCCUGCAGGUUCUCGGGAUGCUGUCCUUACCCUGCUGACGCAGGAGAGCGUGUUCAGAGCUCCAUGGCCAUGGGGAUCUAUCUGGGGCCUGAUCUCACCCCUGGCCUGAUGGGCCCCACUUCGCUCUUUCACCCGUGCUCUAAUGCCUUCCACCAGAACUUGCCCAGCUCAGUGCCAUCUUGUACUGUGCAGUCCUGGGACUCAGGAACCAUGUCAGGGUUUGAGACUGUCAGAGUGCCUGAGGAAUUGAAGUUCCCCCAUGCUUGCUGUGUCGGCCUCGCCUCGCAGACCCACCUCAGCGUGCUCAAUCCAACUGGCCGCUGGCUCCAAGUCAGCGUCGGGGUUCUCAGCAUCAGCCUUAAUGGUGAGAAGGUGGAUCUUUCAACAUAUCCUUGUUUAGUUUUCAAGAAUAAAGUCAUCAUAAGACCUCAUGCCACAGAAGAGAUAAAAGUACUUUUCAUACCAUCCAAUCCUGGAAUUUUCCGAUGCAUAUUUAGUGUUGCUUCUUGGCCAUUUUCGGCAGAUUCUGAGACGAUAGUGCAAGCAGAAGCUUUGGCAAGCAGAGUUAUUCUCACUGCCAUUGCUGAGAGCCCUGUCAUUGAGGUAGAAACAGAAAAGAAAGGUGUUCUUGAUUUUGGUGACUUGAUUUAUGGAGGCUGGAAGUCCCUCCCACUAAAACUGAUAAACAGGACACAUGCCAUUGUACCCGUCAGACUGAUUAUCAAUGCUAACGCCUUAGUCUGGCGCUGCUUCUCCUUUUCCAAGGAACCUGCCCACGCUUCUCUGAAAGCUGCUCUGUAUACUGAUGUGAUUGCUCAGCUGGCAGCCCCCUCUGUGGUCAGCCACGUGAUGCCUGCCAGUCUGGAGGGACAGGAUCCAGAAUUUCUGAUAAUUUGGGUUCUUUUUCAUAGUCCAAAGAAAGAAAUUGCUUCUUCAGCAAUCCUAGACCCUGCAGAAGAGUUCUCUGCCAGAGUGGAUAUAGAGCUUGACAGCCCAAACCCUACACCGGUUCUUAGCAGUGUGGGUCUGCAGGCGAGAGCUGGAGUGGCUCGGAUCCACGCUCCUCGGGACCUGCAGACUGUGCACUUGCUGGCUGCUGUGAAUUCCUCAACGAAGCAGUACCUGCCUUUGAAAAAUGCUGGCAAUAUUGAAGUUUUCUUAAAUAUCAAGGUCCCAGGACCAGGAGGCCACUUUUCAGUGGAUCCAGAGAGUUUAUCCCUUAAGCCUGGAGAAGAACAUGAAGUCACAGUUUCAUUUAUGCCAAAAGAUCCCACAGUCUGUGAGGAGAGGAUCUUGAAAAUAUUUGUGCAGCCAUUUGGACCUCAGUAUGAAGUUGUGUUAAAGGGUGAGGUUGUUUCUUCAGGAAGUAAACCUCUGCCACCAGGACCUUGCAGCCCAGACGUUCCAUUGAUUUUGUCCAACAGGCAGUUUCUGGCUUGGGGAGGUGUCCCUCUUGGCAGAACACAGCUUCAGAAGCUGGCUUUGAGAAGUAACUGUACAUCUACGGACCAGCACCUGCGGCUGCUUAUCAAAGGACAGGACCAGGACUGUUUUCAGCUUCAGAACACUUUUGGCUUAGAAGAGCGAUUGACCAGUAACUGUGAGAUCAGAAUUCAACCAAAAGAAGACAUUGUAAUCUCUGUAUUAUUUGCACCUACUCGGUUAUCUUGUAUGUUGGCUAAACUGGAAAUCAAACAGCUUGGAAAUCGAUCACAACCAGGCAUUAAGUUCAUGAUACCUUUGUCUGGAUAUGGAGGAACAAGUAAUCUUAUUUUGGAGGGUGUUAAAAAAUUAUCUGAUAGCUACAUGGUAACAGUGAAUGACUUAAUACCUGGCAAAGAAAGUAAAAUGGUGGUUUCUGUCCGCAACACCGGAUCUCGAGCAGCUUUUGUCAAAGCAAUAGGUUUUAAGGAUUCUCAGAAAAAAAUUUUGCUGGAUCCUAAAGUAUUGAGGAUUUUUCCAGAUAAAUUUGUGCUCAAGGAAAGAACACAGGAAGAUGUUACUAUAAUAUAUAAUCCAUCAGACAGACAAAACGAUUGUAAAACUGCAACAGAACUAUCAACUGUAUACUUCUUUGGUGGAGAUGAAAUUUCCAGACAGCAGUAUCGAAGAGCCCUGUUGGAUAACCCAGGGAUUGUGGAGCAGAUCCUUCCAGAACAAAGUGUGCUGCGCAACCUGAAUUUCACUGAAGUGUUUCAAGAUGAGCUGCUAGUUGAUGAAGUGUAUGAUCUUCCACAGUGGCCUAAUGAUAUUCAACUCUUUUAUGGGAACAUGCGUAAAAUCAUCCUCUCAAUAAUCGGAGAACUCAGAGAUUCCGUUUCUAGCUGUGAGUUUCUUCAGCCGCCUUCUAAAGCGAACUUGGGAUCUAAAAGUGAAUUGGGGACUUCUGGAAAACACAGUGGCAAUGUCUCUUUGGAUGUUUUACCAGUUAAAGGUCCUCAAGGUUCUCCUUUUCUCUCACAAACUGGCCACCCACCUCAAGAUAACUCGGCCUCUGAAGAGACAUGGACUGUCCAGCCAGAACACUUGGUUCUGAUAGCACCUUCUUCUUAUGACAUGGCAAAAACAGGAUGUUUCCAGAUUGUAAAUAAUUCCAUCAGAUUACUGAAAUUUGAGCUGUACUGGCCAGCCCAUUGCCUGACAGUCACACCACAGCAUGGCUUUAUUGCCCCUGAGAGUAAACUACAAAUUCUUGUGAGUCCUAAUUCCUCCUUAUCCACAAAGCAGUCAAUGUUCCCAUGGAGUGGUUUGAUCUACGUACACUGUGACCAUGGACGGAAGAAAACUGUGAAAGUUCAAAUUCGAGAAGAUUUGACUCAAAGAGAACUUCUGCCUCACUUGGCCUCUGGUCUGUCUGGCGUUCUGAUGCCCGCGCCUGAGCCUUCCGUUAGUCAUUUGGUGAAGCCAGUGACAAAGCCACCUUCCACGAAAGUUGAGAUAAGAAGCAAGACUGUCACUUUUCCCACAACAGAACCUGGUAAAACCUCAGAGAACUGCCUGGAGCUGGAGAACCACGGCCCUGUGGACGCCAGGUGGCACUUGUCGUCUUUCGCUCCACCGUACGUCAAGGGAGUCGAUGAAAGUGGAGAUGUUUUUAGAGCUACCUAUGCAGCCUUCCUGUGCUCUCCUAUUUCUGGUGUACUAAAAAGCAGUGGAAUCCAAAAGGUCUCCAUCACAUUUUUGCCCAGAGAUAGAGGGGAUUAUGCGCAGUUUUGGGAUGUUGAAUGUCACCCUGUUAAAGAACCUCACAGGAAGCACACGCUGAGAGUCCAGUUCUCUGGACAGAGUGUCAGAGAUGAAAACAAGCCUGAAAACGCACGCCCUUCCACGAAUGCCCUCAUCAAGGUGGACAGCGCACUCACUCCUCGGAGACGCGCCACCUCCAGGACCUCUGCUCCCCUGCCUGGGCUGGUGGACCUGAAUCACCGUGGAGUGUACGCCCCAGAAGAUGUGUACAUGUUUCUGCCAACCAGAGUUGGAGAAUCAAGGACACUGAAAGUCAAUCUGCGAAAUAAUUCUUUCAUUACACACACCCUGAAGUUUUUGAGUCCCCAAGAACCUUUCUACAUCAAACAUUCCAAGUACUCUCUGAGAGCCCGGCAUUACAUCCACAUCCCUGUGCACUUCAAGCCGAAGGCAGCCGGCAAAUUCCAAGCUUUGCUCGUUAUUCAGACAGACGAAGGCAAGAGUGUUGCUGUUCGACUCAUUGGUGAAGCCUUUGAAAAAGAUUAACUAGAACACAUUUUUUUGUAAAGUAAAUUACUUAUGUUAUAUUUUCACAACUUCCUUUUUUCUACACUACAGUUAUGCUAUUGUAUAUAUUUUGUAUCAUAAAUUGGAUGUGUACAACUGUAGAUUUUGUUUUGUUUUGUUUUGUUUUGAGAAGCUCAUCCUGAAAAGCUGACUAAAAUAUCAUGUAUCUAGCCAACAAUAUUGUAUUAACUUUUUCAGGGAGAAUAGAGUUUUAUUUUUGCAUUAAUGAUGAUAUUCCUAAUAAAUACGUUAUAUAUUUUAAUGUGGCAUAUCCAGAAAUAAACUUAAU